AUGGCAACAGUACGGAAGAAACGUAUUUAUUUUGCUCGACACGGCGAACGUAUUGAUUGGAUCGAUAAGAAUUGGAUGGCAACGGGCGAGCGACCUUCUGAUCCGUCACUAUCUCAUUAUGGUCUUCAGCAAGCACGUGAACUCGCAUUAUAUGUCGCACAAAUUCAGCCACGAAUAACUCAUAUCUAUGCAUCACCAUUUUUACGCACUAUUCAAACAGCACUACAAGUAGCUCAUGAACUCAAUAGGCAUGUUUCAUCAGCUGAUGAAAUUAUAAAAAUUCGAUUAGAACCAGGAUACGGUGAAUACUUUUUUGAUGAAUGGGAUCAAAGUACGAUAUAUCGACCUUCAAGUCAACUGUUCGAGGCCUCACAAAAUAUUGCAUGCAUCGAUCAAGAUUACGAUAGUGUAAUUAAAAGUGACUAUUACUUGCAAACGAAAAUCGAAAGUCGUCAGCAGCUACGAAAUCGUUUGAAACGAGUCAUAGAGAGUACAUUAGACUCUAGUAAGGAUGACUCCAAUAUUUUGAUCGUUACUCACGCAGCACCAUUAAUUGAAGGAGCUAGGGCAUUAGCGACAAUCACCAGAGAACGGAAUCAGGGAAUGAACAACAUGGAAGAAAUCGAAAACCAAAAGAAUCUAGAAACAAACAAUCUCUCUAAAUGGGAAAUGCUUCCGAUUCGAGCAGGUGUAUGCAGUUUGACGUAUUUCGAAUUAAUCGAUGACAAAUGGAUCCUGUUGGAAAACGGACUCGCUUCGUACUUAUCAAAAGGUGAACAAAAUGUUUGGAUAUUUCCAGAUGAUUCAUCACUAUACGAACCUUCAGAAUAG